AUGGCGCAGAAUCUACCUCAUCUCCCGGACUGGGAGCAGGUCAGUACCAAUAUCAUCAGGAUCAUGGGCGGCAAUCCCAGCAAGUUCACCCUCCAAGGCACAAACACGUACCUCCUCGGGUCUGGCGCGUCGCGCAUCCUCAUCGACACGGGCAGCGGCGAGAAGAAAUGGAUCGACACGGUCCGCGUGGUCCUCAACUCGGCGACCGCCAAACCACUCCACAUAUCCACCUGCCUCCUGACACAUUGGCACCACGACCACCUAGGCGGCGUGACCGACCUGGAACGACUCUCGGCCGAAUUGAACCCGGGCCACGAAUUGAAAGUCUACAAGAACCUGCCCGCGUGGAACCCGGACUCCCUGAUCGACCCGUCCCGUGUGCACGACAUCCACGACGGCCAGGAAUUCGUGACCGGCGGGGGAGACGGAAACGACGACGACGCCUCGUCUUUCGCAAUCCAAGCCAUUCACACCCCCGGCCACGCGAAAGACCACAUGGUCUUCCAGAUCACGCAGUCGCCGGACGCCUCCGAAAUCGGCGCCCUCUUCACGGCAGACAACGUUCUCGGACACGGCACCGCCGUGUUUGAAGACCUCCAGCUAUAUCUACAGAGCUUAGACGUGAUGAAAAGACGGGUCGUGGACGCCGUGGCCACACAACAUCGCCAACGCCAGCAGGACACUCGACAGAGUGGGAUUCCGGAUUCGGAUUCAAGUCCGAGUUCGAUCUCUGGGGGACCAAACUCAUCCGCCCAUGCUGACGCCAACGCUGACGCCCACGUCUCCGUCUCAACCAGCAGCACGACGACUACGGCGGCAGCCACCACCACAACCAAAAGAGCAUACCCCGGCCACGGUCAAGUGAUCGACGACGCGGUGGGCAAAAUCGACGAAUACAUCGCGCACAGACGCAUGCGCGAGGAAGAGGCCCUGAACGUACUAAAGUACGGGACCGUGAAUUCGCCGCAGUCAACCACGCCGGUCGUGCACGACUCGAUCACCACGACAGGGAAGAGCGAGGGCGAGAGCGAUGCGUCAGCGGGAGUGCGAGAAUCAGGAUCAGGAUCAGGGCCGAAAGAAGUGAUCGUGGGCAAAGAAUGGGACAGCAUGGAGAUGGUGAGGGUGAUCUAUCGGCAUUAUCCCGAGAAUCUGUGGGAGCCGGCGGAGAAGGGCCUGUUGAUGGUGCUGGAGAAGUUGAAAAAGGAUGGGCGCGUCGUUUGUGUUGGCGCGUCGGGCGACGCCAGGGGGAAAUGGAGGGUCAGUGAGAAGGCGACCCUGUGA